AGAGCGUGAGAAUAUUAAAAUGAUGGAGAUGAAUCAAUAAAAAUGUUUAUGAAAUGGAAAAAACCAACAAGAAAAUAAAAUACAUAAUAAAAGCGCUGAUUGUAUAAAUAGACCCUACACUGUUAAACUGACAUAUUAGUUCAAAUUAAAUUAUUGUAAAGCGAAGAUUUACUCUUCGUUGUUAAUUGGUAGAAUUGCAAUAAGUUGCAAUGAAAAUUUUAAAAGAUUUUGCCACCUUAAUGCUGGCUUACUUUGCUGUAGCUUCGGCUGCGAAUGAAAAGGAAAUUUUAGUUCGCGUACGACCAAUCACACGUGUACAAUAUGAAUCAAUAAUGAAAAUAAAUAAUGGAAAACCAGUGAUAUCGCAGGGCCGUCUUAUAAAUAGUGCCAUUACAGGAUUAGCUGGUUUAGCAGCUGGUUUUCAACUUGGAAAAUACUUGCCAAAUAUAUUUGGUAUCAAUAAUAACUCCAAAGAUUCGGCUGUUUUGGGUGGUUAUCCGUUGUGCACAAUUGAUACAAAUGAUGUAAUUGGACGACAAAAUGAUGCAGGCUCCUAUUUGAACGUUGAUGAACUAACAAAUUCAUUGGUACAACAGAAUAAUAGUUCGCAUGAUUUACCUACAAUGAAUUGUAUUUUGGUUUUGGAUGACGGUAAAGAUAAACCCCCAACCGAAACCCCUGAAGAAUCAAUAACCACAACAACAACUACAACUUUUAAGCCGACAUCAAUGGAACCACCAACACUUAGACCUACAUAUCCUCCAACUAAUCAUCCACUCUACCAUUUUCCACCUUCCCACUUACCAUAUCCACCAUUUUAUCCUGGAUACUCAUAUUACCCAUAUCCACAGGUAUCAGCGUAUUUUCCACCACAGUUCUAUCCUAUAUCAUAUCCGCUUAUCUACGAUAAAGAUAAUGAUUUUGAUGAUGGCAAAACAUCGCCACCACUAAUAUCGGUAGAAAACCUUCAAACAUUCCUUACGAAUAAACUUCAGGAUAUUAAUAGUUUAUCUACCAAAACGACCUCAACUACAACCAGAAAACCCACUAAGAAGACAGGCAGGCUACCAACAUCACGAACAUAUCCUAGAACACCACCACAUCCAGCUCAUUAUUCACCACAGUCAAAAUCUCAUCGGAUAAGUUUCAACAAAAACAUUGACGAAUAUGAUGAUUACAUUGAAGUCUCCAAGAAUUUUCAUCAUUAA